AUGGUCCAUUACAUUCGCUUCUUGCGUACGCCGCAGGUCGAGGCUGGCAAGAAGACUGUCGACGUCUCUGCCGUGGUUGCAGUCACCACCGACUUGGGUGAUGCCUUUUAUGCCGUGAACGUGGACCUGGUUGCGGAAGCUGUAGAAGCUACUCGUCCUCAUGUCGUCUUCCAUUCUCAGACAUUCCCGUGGCAGGCUACAUCCAGAGCUCUUAAGUUCUCUCUCAAUUGUCCCGGCAAGUAUGUUUCUAGAUCUGUGCGGUUGCAUGUGACCACGAAGGACACGAUUGCUUCCUCCGCUCGACGGGAAGUCCCUCAGAUCCUUGAUGUCUGGAGCAUUGCUUUUCCCUUGUCUGACAAACAGCGGACGGACCCUAUUGUUGAACGGCAAGUGCUGCUGCCGAACAACUCCCCGGUUUGUAUAUCGGAGGAAACGGGCGACAGUAUUGCUCGUCAUAUCUGGGAUGCGGGCUUAGGCUUUUUGAUCUACUUUGCGAAAGCUCUAUCGGCAUCCCCCACAGAAGGUGUUUCUCGAUGUGCAGCUCUGUGGAAGUCCAGUAAGGUAAGGCGACUGAGGGUGCUGGAACUCGGUACUGGCUGCGGGAUUGUUGGCAUUGCUUUUGCACAACUUGUCAAAUGUGACAUACUUCUUACCGACCUGGAAGAUGCUCAGGAGAUUUUGGCAAGCAACGUCCGGUAUGCUUCGCCAGUGGCAGGAUCUAUGAUCCAGACUGGGAUUUUGGAUUGGGCUACUGGCCUUGAUGAUAGCUCCAAUGCGAAUUUCGAUCUCAUUUUGGUUUCGGACUGCAUCUACAAUCCAGAGAGCAGUAUUCAUCUGGUAGAGACUCUGAGACAGCUGGCCUUUCGUACACCGAAGCUACUGAUUUUGGUGGGAUUCAAACGACGACAUGAAGCAGACACCGUCUUCUUCGAACGGAUGCAGCAAGCCAAUUUCGACACAGUUGAGAGGAUCAACAUCCCCCUGCCUUACACGACUACCGAUCAAGACACAGACCCGCCAAUGAUCGAAUUUUAUACCUAUGAACAUCGCUCGGCUGCCAAAGAACCGAAAUAG